AACAAAGAAUUGGUAGUAUGAAGUAGCGGAGUUGCGGAUCAAAAAAAAAAAAAGUAGCGGAGUCCCACGUGCGUUUGGUUUUGCGGAUAUGGCAACGACGACCAACACAGUGGCCACACAAGUCCCGAGGAUUUUAUCACCGCCGUCGCCCGGCCGGCGGCUGAACCCGAGAGGUACACGGACCAAAACUCCGGCGGAAAUUCCCGUCGGUGUCCCAAUUCACCUCCCGGCGACGGCGUUUAAGAGCUCCGUCGCAGUUCGAGCUUCGGAUCCCGAAAGAGAAGUGAAUUCGAGUACGGAGGAGUCCGGCCGUGCCUUCACAUCUCAGGAAGAUUUGAACUACUUGUGGAAAUUAGGAGCAGGUUCUAUUGCGGGUGCGGCUGCGGUAAAGUACGGAAGCGCCCUUUUCCCCGAGAUAACAAGACCGAACCUUUUGGAGGCCAUGAUCAUUAUUUCUUCUCCAGUUAUUGUAGCUGUUUUGCUUCUGAUCAGGCAAAGUCGCAUCGAGCAAUAACAGAGAACUGGGAAUUUUUACAGAGCAGUUUUACUUCCUGUUCCACCGGUUCGAAGAAAAUGUACCAGGACCCUAUUGCGUGCAUUAGUUUCGAAAGAAUAUGUGCAUAAUGCUAGAGCCUUGUUGGUGUUGGUGAAUCUCUGAAGGAAACCGAUAAGUGAGAGUUACAAGGAUGAUAUUGAUGCUGCUAAUCAUCCUAAAUGCAAUUCAAAUUCAAAUUCUAUUCUGUA